GGUGUGCGCGCGGGUCCCUCUCCGCAGCCUCCCCUCGCUGCCCGGCAGCCGGCGUCGUCCUGCCGCGAGUAGCCCGCGGGGCUCUGCCGUCCCUUUGGGGCCAGGUCCUUCCCCUGCCAGCCCGGCUGCCCCGCUGCCCACCUCGUGCCGCCCAGGUCACCCCACCCCAUCCCCAGUCGCCUGUCCUGUGGCUCGGCGCCCGCGGGAGAGAUGCGGGGCCUGUCCGGCUGGCUGGUGCUGCUGGCGCUCGGGGGUUGGCUUCAGCUGCGGGCGGAGGGCGCCGUGCCCCUGGCUGACUUCUACCCGUUCGGGCCGGCGCAUGGCGACGCGACCACCCCGCUGCAGGACGACGGCGGAUCGGGGCUGCGACCCGUCGCCAUCAAGUUCCCCUUCUUUGGCGCAGCGCACACGGCGCUCUACGUAAACAACAAUGGGAUCAUCUCCUUUCUGAGGGAGGUAUCCCAGUUUACACCAGUGGCUUUCCCCAUCUCAAAUGAUCGACGUGUGGUUGCAGCUUUCUGGGCUGAUGUAGAUAAUCGGCGUGCAGGAAAAGUAUAUUACCGGGAAACGAGGGACCAAACUGUCUUGGAGAAAGCCACUAAAGAUAUCUGGCAAUAUUUCCCAGAGUUCCCAGAGUUCUCUGCCCAAUGGGUAUUUAUAGCCACUUGGAACCAGGUCACCUUUUUUGGAGGAAAUUCACUGUCUCCGGUAAAUACUUUCCAAAUAGUCCUCAUCACCGAUGGGAUACUGUCCUUCACUGUCUUCAACUAUGAGUCAAUCACCUGGACCACUGGCAUGCAUGCCAGCAGCGGGGGAAAUUCAGCAGGCCUGGGAGGCAUUGCGGCCCAGGCAGGUUUCAAUGCUGGUGAUGGAAAACGGUAUUUUAACAUCCCCGGAUCCCGCACUGAUGACAUUGUCGACGUGGAGAUGACAACAAAUGUGGGUAUCCCCGGGCGCUGGGUGUUCAGAAUCGAUGAUGCCCAGGUGCAAGUGGGGGGCUGCAACAACACAACUUCUGUGUGUCUGACACUCCGCCCUUGUCAGAAUGCUGGAAAGUGUAUUGAGGACUGCAUCACAGGGAACCCCUCCUACUCCUGCUCUUGUCUGGCUGGAUUCACUGGAAAGCAGUGCCAUAUUGAUGUGGAUGAGUGUGCUUCUAACCCAUGUCGGAACAAAGCCUCCUGUAUCGAUGGCAUCAACAAUUUCAGGUGUUUGUGUCCUCCAGGAUUCAAAGGAGCCUUGUGUGAAAUUGAGGAAUCUCCAUGUGAAGCCAAAGAAUGCCUGAAUGGUGGGGAAUGCCAAGCAGCAAACAGAACAGCUGUGUGCCUGUGCCAGCCGGGCUACACUGGAGAAGAUUGUGAGGCAGAACUAAAUGAAUGCGAGUCCAACCCAUGUCUGAAUGGUGGGCAAUGUAUGGACCUGGUGGACAAUUACACCUGUGUGUGUGUGGCGCCAUUCACAGGACAACGCUGUGAAACAGAUCCUUCAGCCUGUGAGGGCAAGAACUGCAGGAACCGGCAGACAUGCAACUACAUCCGCCCAGGGCGCUACAUCUGCACAUGCUCUCCAGGCUAUUAUGGGAACAACUGUCAGUUUGGUGGGCCCAGAAUGCCCAGUGCAUGUUUUUCCAAUCCAUGCCAGAAUGAGGGCACUUGUCUUGAAACCAGUCAAGGCUACGUGUGUGAAUGUCUUGAGGGAUUUUCAGGUCCUGAUUGCAGGGACAAGGUUUCGGAGGACUGUGAGUGUCGAAAUGGGGGGAGGUGCCUAGAUGGAAACAGCACUAUAUGCCAGUGCCCACUAGGAUAUUUUGGCCUUCUCUGUGAACUGGAAGUGACUGCUACCCCUUGCAGUAUGAACACCCAGUGCCCAGAUGGAGGUUAUUGCAUGGAGUAUGGAGGCAGCUACCUCUGUGUGUGCCAUACAGAUUAUGGCACUAACCACACUGUGCCACCAUCUCCCUGUGACUCAGAGCCUUGCCUGAAUGGUGGAUCAUGCGACGCUCAGGAUGACUCUUAUACCUGUGAAUGUACCCGAGGGUUCAUCGGCAGACACUGUGAAAAAGCAAGGCCAAAGCUGUGCAGUUCUGGGCCCUGCCGUAAUGGAGGGACGUGUAAGGAAUCGGAUGGUGAAUACCACUGCACCUGUCCCUACCGCUUCACAGGAAAGCACUGUGAGAUAGGUAAACCUGAUCCCUGUGCUUCUGGCCCUUGUCACAAUGGGGGCACCUGCUUCCACUAUAUCGGCAAGUAUAAAUGUGACUGCCUUCCAGGAUAUUCAGGACGACACUGUGAAAUAGCCCCUUCUCCUUGCCUCUUGAAUCCAUGUGAACACGGAGCCACUUGUAAGGAUCUUGGCAACAACUAUAUCUGCUCAUGCCCAGCUGGUUACAUAGGAAGACACUGUCAGUCAGAAGUAGACUGUGGUAUUCCUAAUGAGAUAAAGCAUGCUCAGGUGACAUUUAACUCUACUAAGAUGGGAUCUCUGGCAGAGUACCAGUGCAAUCUUGGCUACAUGCUGAGUCUCCACAACAACCCCAGAGUUUGCAGAGCACAAGGCACUUGGAGUGACCCUCCGCAGUGUAAUGAAAUUGAUGAAUGCAGAUCUCAGCCAUGCCUGAAUGGAGGUUCAUGUAAAGAUCGGAUUGCUGCUUUCCUGUGUUUAUGCAAAAUUGGCUACACCGGACACCACUGUGAGUUGGAGAUUGAUGAGUGUCAGUCAGAACCAUGCAAAAACAGUGGAACCUGUAAAGAUCGGCCAGGAUCAUUUAUCUGUCAUUGUCCUGAAGGCUUCAUUGGAACCCAGUGUGAAACGGAAGUGGAUGCCUGUGAAUCAAACCCUUGUCGGAAUGGAGGAGAAUGUGAAAAUUACAGUGGUUCCUAUCUGUGUGUCUGUCCAGAGGGCUUCUUUGGCUACCAUUGUGAAAUAGCUAGUGACCCCUGUUUCUCCAACCCGUGUGGGAGCAGAGGCUACUGUCUUCCCAGCAAUGGAUCUCAUAACUGCACCUGCAAAGUGGGCUACAGUGGCAAGAACUGUGAGAAAGAGCUGCUGCCCCCAACAUCACUGAAGGUGGAAAGGGUGGAGGAGACUGGGCUGUUAAUCUCUUGGCGCCCUCCGAAGGACCAAGCUGCCAAGCAUAUGAUUGAUGGCUACGCCGUGACGUACGUAUCCUUCGACGGCUCUUACCGCAGGACUGAUUAUGUGGACCGAAGUCGUGCUGCCCACCAAUUGCGGGCACUAGCCUCCGGCAAAGUCUACAAUAUUUCUGUCUUUUCAGUCAAACGCAACUUGAACAACAAGAAUGAUAUCAGCAAGCCUGUCAUGCUCGUCACUCGUACUAGGCCUCGCAUGGUAGAAGGAUUUGAGAUUGCCAAUGUGACUGCCACAACCAUUACUGUGCAAUGGGCUCUCCACAGGCUUAAACACUCCACAGUGAGCAGGGUGCGUUUGUCCAUACGUCAGCCAGAGGACGCAGGGGAUCAUGCUGCAGAAUUAAAUAAUACCAUGACUAAAUACACAUUCUGGGACCUUCAGCCAGGGCAGAAGUAUGUUAUCCAUAUGUGGACCUUGAGUGGCCUCAGUCCUGAAGAUCAUCCCACUGAGAGUUUUACUACAGCACCCCUCUAUGCAUGGACUCGGCCUCUUCCUCCUAGGAACCUGACUGCAUCUAGAAUCACUGCCACCUCUGUCCAUAUGACCUGGGAAAAACCUCUGGUUGGCUCUGGAGAAGGAUAUAUCAUCAAUGAAACCACCAGUCAGAUUGAGAAGAGUCGGUAUGUGCCCAAUGGAAAGCUGACUUCCUAUACCAUGCGUGACCUGAAACCAGGGCAAAGAUAUCGUUUAUCUGUGGCAGCUGUUCAGAAAACAGAUCAAGGCCAAGUGACUAGUGAACCUGCCCAUCUCUAUAUUACAACCUUACAGAAGGAUAAAAGUCCAGAAAGGCGCUGGAGCCAGACAGGACAUCCUCGAGUGCUUAGAAAUCGAGUCCCUCCACCAUACUUGCCAGAUCUGCGCCUUCUUGCGGAUCACAACACCCCAGAGGAACCUUCACAAGCACCUAGUUUUACAGAACUGGUGGAUGGCAGGGGAAGGAUCACCACUAAAUUCAGCAGCUCACCAAGCAGACAUGUCACUGUGAGAACACAACCUGAGGUUCCAAAGAAAGUGGAAGAAAACGUGGAAGAAUCUACCAAUCAAGGCAGCCUGGCACUGCAGCUAUCGGAGCCCGAGAGCAGCAAAAAAGAAAGUGAGAAGCAGAACUGUUCCGUAAACUCCUGCAAGAAUGGGGGAACCUGUGUCACUGACUCAGAGUCCUACCACUGUGACUGUAAUCCUGGAUACAAAGGCAGACACUGUGAACUAGCCUGCAAGAAGGUGCCUCAUUCUUGUACUCGGCUCUAUUCAGAAACCAAGUCCUUUCCGGUCUGGGAGGGAGGUGUCUGUCAUUACUUAUACAGGCGGGUCUACAAAGUCCACCAGGAUGUCUGCUACAAGGAGAGUUGUGAGAGCACUCCAAACAAAGCGGUCAGCAGGAAACAAAGUAACAGACACUAAAGAAACCAUAUAGUAAGUAUGUGCUGUCUCUGCUGAGAGGUGAGUGGAAUGGGGACCAUACUAACAGUAUACUUAAUACGGCCCUUGCUGUGAAUAAGCUGCCUUUAUAGAUACUGUGCAUAUUUUUGCUCCCUGGUGUAGAUUCCCCAUGUGGUACUGGUCAUUUACUGAUGGCCGUUAAACGUCCCCAUGUGAUACUGGUCAUUUACUGAUUGAAUCACAGGAGUGGAAAUGGCUGUAUUCCCCAUUUGAGGGCAUUUUAAAAUUGUGGUAGGCAAUUCAUUAUCUGUGUGAGAAGAGUACAUAAAUUAGAUUAGCAAAACAGAAAACCAGUCUUGUAACUAUGGACAGAUAUUGUGCAUUUCUAAUAUCAGAAGAGUCAGACAGAUUGACAGUUUUUUUGACAAAAUUCUAAACAGGUUCACUAGUUUCUUACACCAGACAGCCAUUUUUCUGAAUUAUUCACUACCCACUUUUUUAAAAAGGAAGAACAGAAAAAUUCAGUUGUAGCCCCUAGGGUAUUUUGAUACUGCUUUUGAAAAACACUUUCUCUGUAUUUUGAGCCUUACAGUUUCUCUGCCUUCACUUCUACUGACAGACCCCAUCCCCUUACCCAAGCUACACUAGUAGAAUUGGUCUUCAGAAAUCUGCUCAGCUGAGGAUGUUCGGUACCAACAUCCCUUUUUAUAUUUUGUGUUACAGCUUAAACUGUAUGGACAAACAGAGAAGAAAUUUGCUUUUGUAAUCAAAAGGAAGUGUCUAGUGCUGGACUUGUCAAUGUGUUUGUAUGCAAUGCAGUCUUACCUCUUGCUUUUUUUCCUUUUACAGGAUCCCAAACCAUCAGUAUUUCUGCUCACUGGAUGGCAAAAAAGGGGAGACAUCUCGCCAGAGCUAAGGCCCCUUUCCUCCUUUGAUUCAGGAGGUGUUCACCCAAUGGCCAAAUCCCUUUGUCUUUGGCAGGAUUAUAAAAGCGUUCUUGCCUUUUCUUCAUAGCAUCUGAAUUUUUCUACAGAUGAAUGACAUGUUAUAAAAGACUCCCAUGACUUUGGUGGGCUGCUUGGAGCAAAAGUAGGCCUGAGCCUCUCAAACAUUCAUCAGUGGUGGGUAUAACUGAUCACAAGAGGCUAAGAAGCAGUUUCAGAAAAGAAAGUAGUCAUGAAUCAUGUGGUGUUCUAUGAACCAAACGAGAAUCUCAAUGCCAUAAAAUGAUGUUUGAAGCAUUCUACAAAUGUAAAACAUUUACAGACAAAAUGGUUUUAAAAACUAGGGCUCCCCUCCCUAUAUCCCCAUCCCCAUCCACAAGAAGGAUUCAGUGCUGUUUUUCACUAUUGUCAAGAGCUGUUUUUUAAUUGAGAACAGUUGCCUCCAGUGCCUGUUUCAGCCAUAGCAUUUCAAAGGUUACUUUUGUGAUGCACCUAAGAAAAGGUAAUUUCACAACAACAUAUUUACUACUUUCAGUAUUCCCCCUGCUUACUUGGAGCAAGUGUUUUGUUUGCUGCAAUACAUAAACAUAGCCAGCCAUGCAAGGGGGUGUUUUUUUAAAAGCUUUUGGGAGUUUGUAUGACUAACUAAAUAUAAGAUUGUGUCAAUUCACAUAUAUUGUAUAUUUUAUAAAUUAAUAAAAACCAGAUAGUUAGUUUUAAAAUAUUAUUCCAUACACAGCAUUAGAAAGCAUCUUUAACUGGUCAUUUGGUUCUUUAAAAGCACAGUCGAAUAAGAUGUAUUAAUUUUUGUAAGCAGAGUCCUUUUCCCUGGAACUCUAAAUCCUGGCAGCCUGAGAGUUGUAAAUAUAGUUUCUUCAAUAAAGAGCAUGCUGCAAGUGAAAUGCCAGUCUCAGCAGGAAUAGCAGCACAAAAUAAAGCUUCCCUAUUAUUCCUACUAUUAAGGCCAUCAAACUGCUUGGGCCUAUUCCUGUGUGCUAAUUGUAACAAGUAUAAUUGAGUGUGGGGUGUGACAGCUAUUGGGUUCACAUUCCCCAUGUAGCACAUUAUUUCUCACUGUAAUCAGUUUAAGCCUCAGAGGUACUUGCCAAAAGAAAAAGGAAGGAAAACACAAUGCUGAAAAGGAUAAACUAGAUGCACGGUUUCCCUCUCUAUUACUACUUACAGCAUUUAAUAGGACACAGUCAGUGGCCCUUUUAUAUUUGGAUUUCUCAGGUUGAGGAAACAGCUUCUUUAAAAGCUAGAAAAGGGAAUAAGUAGCUUAUCACUUAAAAUGGAUUAGGGGAAUACCACAGAAGUGACAACAGAGAACCAUGGGUUUCAUUAGUUCAAAACAAGGACAUUUUAAAUUUACUUCUGCAUUUAAAAUGCUAAUUUCUCCAAGAUCAGGAGUCACUUAUCUUUUCAAUAAGAAUAGAAGCCAGCAUCAGAAAAAUUAAGUGUUUCAUUUCCCAUUAACAGAAAGGACUGAUAAGCACUUAAAUUCAACUGUUCCAGUUUUAUUGGUUUUGGCAUCUACCGGUAGUUAAAACCAACUGUUACACAUGCAAUUUCCACACUACAAAGAGGGUGAAAGCAUAGUGGUAACAUCACAGUAAAAAUGUUUUUCUACGCACAGUGAGCUUUUUGAAAGCAGCUGCAACUGAGGCAGUGAGAAGUUUUAACAAAGUUUAUUUGUCACACAGUGACAUUGGUUCUUCAGUCGCCACAGUCUAAGAUACAGAAUCUGUAUCAAGCCAGUAUUCUAUAGCCAGAUUGAAGCAUAUGUAAUGCAGCAAUAAACUUUUUAAAAAUUU